AUGCAUACUCGUCCUGUUGUCUUACUCAUAGGUGUCAAACUUGGAACUUUCCAUGGGACAUGUGUUGGUGCUCAAAACAACACCAAAAUCGUAUUUGAUCCACAAAUCCCUGAGACAAACUCUUUGAAAACUAGGUUUACAAUCCUCUCAAAACAAAAAUUCUAUUUUAAAUACUACAACUGCAUUUCACUAAUCUUAAUCUCUGUAUUUUUCAGGAUUGUCGAAAACAAAGACUAUGCUGAAAAUGUCAUCAAGAAGAAACUUUAUGAGAAACAGAAGCAAGAGGUUCGAGUACCAAAAGAAAAACAUAUCCGUCAAAUCAAUCAAGUCCUUAACAUACAACACACGGUGAAAAAUUGUUGGGUCAAAGCUACAGCAACCAUAAAAGACAACCAACGUCUAUACACAACGAUUUGUCCGAAUUGUGACAAUCCAUCUGGUGCACCAAUGGGCAUAAUUUCUACUUGCAACUAUUGUGGUACCUCUGGAAAAGCACCAAAACCAGGCUUAAACUUUGUCAUCAACUUGGCUGACAUCACUGGUACUCUACAAGCUGUUAUCCAAAAUGAAUAUGCUGAAAAAUUGUUACGAUGCAGUGCUGAUGAAGUUUAUCAUAACCAUCUAGCGGUGAAUACAACAUUGCAAACUCAAGUUCUGUAUGCCAGGCUGAGAAUUUUUAAAAUAAAAGAAUCAGCUUUUGGUUUUGAACUUACAGCAUUCACUCCAGACCAAAAAACCUGUGAUAUGAUGAUUGAAGAUACACCAACAAAAGCUGUCACUACUCCAGCUACUUACCCAGCAAUCACAAGCUCACCAAGUCAACAAGGAAGUACUACAAAAUCACAAACUCAUGUUGACACUCCCACCUCAGUGGCAGAAGAUUCAGAAUAUGUUUCAGUACAAGAUGCAGAAAAGAAAGGUACUGCGGUCAAAAGAACUCUAACUCAUGAUAUUGAACGGGCAUCCAAAAAAACAAGAUUCCCUCCUUCUGAUCAACAGUAA